AUGAAGUUCUCAUGUUUUGAGAUCUUGCAUUACAACAGCCAACUGCGAUUGUCUGGUGGUACUCGGUCGGUAGCAGUAAAACACCAUUUCGAAAACGAGAUCAAUUCAAUCGAGUACAAGUCCAUUGGCUAUCAUUUCGUCAAAAUGGAAAUCGGUAAUUCUACAAAUGAUGAGCAACGCAUGUCCGCCAAUCAAACGUUCCUAAAGAACUUCUUUGCAGCAAAAUCGACUAUUCCAUUACUUAGUCAAAUUUUUCUCAUAGCUUGCUGCUUAAUCUUCAUCUUUGGCGUAUUAGGUAAUUCCAUCGUUAUCUAUGUCGCUAUUCGAAAGAAAAACUAUCGGAACGUGACGAACUGUUAUGUAAUUAAUUUAGCAAUCGCUGAUCUUUUAUUUUUGACACUAUCAAUUCCAUACACAACGUACUUAGGUGUGGUAAACACCACUCCAUUUGGUGAUACAUUUUGUAAAGUUUACACAUAUCUCGCUUAUGGAUUUUUACAAGCAACUUGUAACAUCAUCGCUGUGAUGAGCAUUGAUCGUUAUUUAUACAUAGUUCGAACUAAAUCGAAACUUCGAUGGCGUACACCACGAAAUGCUUUCAUCAUUUGCAUUACUAUAUGGGCCUGCUCUCUGAUCUUGAUUAUACCUUAUCAUAUUAUUUCGCAUCUAUUAGUUCCCAAUCUAAAAUCAUGUAGUGUAAAUGAACACGAGAACCUAGUUGUUUGUUUUAUACCAUUUUGUUCGUAUUACGCCAUUCCACUCCUUAUCAUUAUCAUCUGCUACACGAAUUUGGCAUUGCACGUGAUUAAAUCAAGUCGAAAGAUGGCUGGCCACAUGAAUACUGUAGUUUUUCAUCGAACUGUACAAGUGAAACAACGUCGAGUAACAAGAAUGGUUAUUGUCGUUACAUUAGCAUUCGCUAUUUGUUGGUUACCCAUUCAUAUACUUGAACUAUUGAAAUGUGCUAAUCUAUCUCGGCUUAAUUCACUAAUCAGUUCAUAUCCUGGAACUCUUUAUGCAAUUCGUGCAAUCACACAUGCUCUAGGCUACUUCAAUUCUUGCCUAAAUCCGUAUCUGUAUGCUUUACUGAAUCGUAAUUUUUGUCGUGAUCUCGUCGAUAUAAUGCCUUCAUUGAAAAUCUGUUGUACCAAAUCAUCUGCCCGCAAUCGUCCACAUUCAGAUCGAAGUGCCCAACCGUCACCUGCAAAUUUACAACGGCAACCUAUUCAAAUACCCAAAUACGACGACAAUGAUGAAGAAGACGAUUCUAACGAUCAUGACCAUCAACAAAUCACUAUGGAUGCUAGUUGUCAAGUGAAAUUACUUGGUAUACAAACGAAACUAACUUGA